AUGCCUAAAAUGCCUAAAAUGCCUAAAAUGCCUAAAAUGCCUAAAAUGCCUAAAAUGCCUAAAAUGCCUAAAAUGCCUAAAAUGCCUAAAAUGCCUAAAAUGCCUAAAAUGCCUAAAAUGCCUAAAACGCCUAAAAUGCCUAAAAUGCCUAAAAUGCCUAAAAUGCCUAAAAUGCCUAAAAUGCCUAAAAUGCCUAAAAUGCCUAAAAUGCCUAAAAUGCCUAAAAUGCCUAAAAUGCCUAAAAUGCCUAAAAUGCCUAAAAUGCCUAAAAUGCCUAAAAUGCCUAAAAUGCCUAAAAUGCCUAAAAUGCCUAAAAUGCCUAAAAUGCCUAAAAUGCCUAAAAUGCCUAAAAUGCCUAAAAUGCCUAAAAUGCCUAAAAUGCCUAAAAUGCCUAAAAUGCCUUAA